CCUAUCUUUCUGGUUUUUUAUGCCUCUCUAGCGACUCGAGGAACACAAACGUAGACAUGGCUGCAGACAAGCCCGUCAUCCUACUCAUACACGGGGCAUUCUAUCAGCCGGCUCAUUAUCAGGAGGUCGCAGAUAAGCUCAGAGAGGGAGGAUUCACGGUCGAAAUCCCGGUGCUGCCGACAACAGGGACGAAUCCCGGGCUCACGUACGUGGAUGACGUCGAUGUCAUCAACGAGAUACUGCAUCCACUUCUUGACGACGGCAGAGAAGUUGUCAUAGUGGCCCACAGUUCGGGAACUCUCCCUGCAAGCCAUUGUGUAGAAGGCGAGUCGGUGGCUGAGAGAGCAGAGUGUGGCCUGAAAGGUGGGAUCCUACAUUAUAUCAAUGUCUGCGGCUUGGCGUAUCCGAGGCCGGGAAAGAACUUCCUGGGAAAUGAGUACGAGUCGCCAUUGCAAGAGUUCCAUUACGUUGAGGACGGAAUCAUACACCUGCUUGAUAGCGCCAAGCCUACCUUCUACAACGACCUCUCAAAAGAGAAAGUUGAGGAGGUAUGGCCAAUGAUGUGCAAGACGCAUAGUCUGAUGAACUGGAACAGUCGUCCCAAGUUCGUCGAUCAGGAAAUGACAGUCCCCAAGACAUAUGUCUUCUGCGAAAAUGACGUCGCGCUCCCCACUGAGUACCAGGCCUACUUCAUUGGAGUCGGUGGGUAUGAAGAAGUCAUAAAAGUACAGUCAGGACACUCUCCAUUUUUGACAAUACCAGAGACAGUGAGCAAGAUCAUUUGGGGGGUCGUUGAGAGGACUUGA